AUGGACACUGGACCACAGGAGGUGUCCCAUGGUGUCUGGCACAGGGACAGUGGCAGUGAAUCUUGGGUCCUUGCUGUUUCUUGCUGCGAAAAGACAGAGGAGAGCAAGGAUGACCAGGAGGCAGCUGAAGAAAAAGACACCCCUGCCCUGAGCUGUCGUUUCUGUGGGACAUGUUUCAACACGGCAAAGACACUGAAGAAACAUGAGCGUGGGCACCGUGGUGAAAGACCAUAUCGCUGUCUGGAAUGUAAAAAGGGAUUUAAGAAGCAAGCCCAUCUAAUUGGUCAUAAAAAUGUUCACCAGAGGAGGAUACAGUGCACUGUCUGCAGAAAGAUUCUCCCUAACAUUGGAGAAUUGAUCCAGCACAGAAGCACACAUCUGAAAAGGGGAAUGCUGAAAUGCCCAGACUGUCCUAUGCAGUUCCCACAUCCUGCACAUCUCCUGAGACAUGUAAAGACUCACAAAAACAGGGAAAGAAGGGAAGCUCUUCGGCUUGAAAAGAAAGAAUCUUUAAAGCCACAGCAGCCCUUGGAAUCUGGGAAAGAAGAGGAAAAACCAGAGCAGCAGCAGUGUUCCUUGUGUAAAGAAGUAUUUAAUGAUGCCCAAAUACUAAGAAAACACUGCCUUACACAUAUAUCUGGGUCCUCUUCAAACCUGUGUCCAUUCUGCAAACGUAAUUUCGGCAAUCGGCGCUCUUUACUGCGCCACAUGGUCAGGCAUACCGGAGACAAACCUUAUUCCUGCACCAACUGUGGAAAGCAGUUUUACCGAGACAUGUUCCUUAAACUUCACGAGGAGAAGUGUUUGCCUCCUCAGUCUGCGCAACUUGUUACAGUGGAGUCCAACAAUAAGACAAAGAAUCCCUACCAGUGUUCCUACUGUCCACGGACGUUUUGCAAAAAAGACCGUGUGAAAAAUCAUCACCGCGCCCACUUGGCCAACACGUUGCAUUACUGCUCAAAAUGCGGACAGUACUUUGGAGUGAAUAGAAUAGCGAGACAUCAGAACGUCUGUGACGACACGAACAAGCCCGACGCCAGCUUACCACCUGCUAACAAAAAUGUCAGUAACAGCACUGCUUUACAGACGAGUAAGAAGGUCCCUAAAAUGCAUUUGAAGUCCAAUACAACCAACUUGUUUAAGUUUAAAUGCCCUCAAUGUCCACAGAAGUUCAGGUAUCCAUCAUUACUCUCGAGGCAUCUUGUUUCACAUACGGGUUUACAACCCUAUGCAUGUGUGCACUGCGGUGACAGAUUUCCAAGUCAAACAACGUGUUUGCAGCAUGAAGCUUUCUGUGACAAAGAGGGGCAACCAAAUCCAUCAAGUGAUGAUGAAACAAAACAGCCAGGCAUGCCCACUCGUAGCAUGGCAGCGCAAAAGGCCCAAGCAGAUGAUCAAGAGUUCAAGUGCAAAUUCUGCACCAAGUCUUUUAUUAAAUUACGAUCCCUGAGAGCUCACAUUUUGACACACAAUGAAGUGAAGCCGUAUCGCUGUAAAGCCUGUGACAGCUGCUUUUCAAGGUACGAUCACCUGAAAGUGCAUCAGGCUCGCUGUAGAGGCAAAAAAACACGACUGGAGAUCCGUAUUCCCAAAAUCAGUUUAGAUGACGUUGGCAAGGGCUGGCAGAAUAGGUUUGGCAUUGAGCCUGCCCAAAACCAGGAGACAUUUGACUGUAAAGUCUGUUCGAGAAGCUUCUCAGCCAAGUCUAAACUUUCCAGGCAUAUCUCCAUGUUCCAUGCUCCAAAGUUAUUCAAGUGCAUGCGCUGUGGCUCCUCGUUCUCUCAUGAAAGAUCUCUGAAAAAGCACAAGAAGAAAUACAAGUGCAAAAGGUCCUCCGAUGAAACAAAUGCUCCCCCGCCGCCAGCACCUGAUCCACCAGCAGAACCUGUCCCAAAACCACUUGAUGUGAUGAAAAACAGAAUUACACAGAGGAUACAGCCUUUUUUUCACAAAAAGUUCAAAUUCUCAUGCAGCUAUUGCCCCCGAUCUUUUGCUAACAACUGGCAAUUAAAUGUGCACCUCCGCCUGCACACAGGAGAGAAGCCAUAUUCCUGUGAUUAUUGUGGUAUGCGAUUUAUAAGGAAGGAUUAUGUGAAGCGUCAUUAUCCAAAAUGCACCAAGAAACACAGGCAAAGCACAGUUCUCUGUGACAGAUGUGGAGGGUUUUUCCCUGAGGGCAAGCUUGAAAACCACAAAAAAGGUUGCACCUCAACACCAAGUUCAUCGGUCUCAACAGACAGCAAAAAGUCGACCUCUGAUAGCCCACCCAAAGGCUUUUCUUGUGCAUAUUGCAGUUCCCGUUUUUUGCUGUUUUCACAGCUUCAAGAGCAUUUUUUGACUGCACACAAGGUGGAAACGAUGGCUCCCCCACUGUCUACCGCCCCCCUACAACAGCUCCUGUCUACUAUUCCAAAUAUCAAAGAAGAGCCCCUGGAUAAGAGUUGUGAUGAAGUGCGCAGUGGUGCUGCUAAUGUAAUCUGCAAUCUAGGUGCAGCUCUACGUAGUGAUCCCCCCAAGACAUUUUUCUGCCAAGACUGCAAUAUGUCUUUUAUAAAUAAAGCUGGACUAGCUGGUCAUCUGCGCACACAUGCAGUGGGCCGCCCCUAUAACUGUAAAUUGUGCAAUAGGGGUUUCUGGAAUAAAACUCUUCUCCGAAAUCACUACAGGAAAUGCAGAAAUGGUGGUGUUACAACCCAACAGUCGGAAGGCCCCGUGAAAGCAGAGAUUGAUUUUGCGCUGAAUGAGUCUGUUAUUGUUUUCAAGGAAGGCUCCAAAACAACCGGCACUGGGGUUUUACAGACCAACUUCUCCUGCAAAGAUGAGGCAAUGGAUGAAUCCCCUGACAAUUCUGAAGAAAAUGCGGUGCAAAACAGCGCAAGCAGCGAGAAGAAAACUGUGCAGUAUCAGUGCUCAGAAUGCGAUCAGAGCUUCACAGAUGGCUUACUGCUCAUUAGUCACCUCGAAGACCACGGAAGAGAGGAACAAGCAAAAAAGCGCAACACAUGCAGCAAGUGUGGUCGAGUGUUCACUAAUCAAGCAAAUCUUGAAAAACACAUGAGGGUUCACACCUUUGGUCCAGCCUUCCCUUGCCCGGCUUGCUCUGCCAAGUUUGACACCAUAUCUGAACUGGAAAGCCACAAAGCAUGUCACGACAUGAGUAGGCCUUACGUUUGCAGACUGUGUAAUCUGCGGUUUUUGACAAGACCAACUUUAUGCGACCAUUACAGGCAAGAACAUGAAGAUGAUGUAUAUAACUGUAAAUUCUGCAACAAGUCCUAUGCGAUCAAAAAGUCGUUGUCAAGACACUAUAAAAGAUGGCAUCAAAAAGAGCAGAGGGAUGCUGCGCAGGAGAAGAGCAGCAGCGAACAACAGUCCAACAGUCAAGCCGGCACAGCUGGUGAAAGCGAUGAAGAUGAAAACAACGGCAGUGAGGACAGCGACUCGGACUCUGCACCCUACUUCCCGUGCCACGUGUGCGGCAAAACGUUCUCAACAUCAGAAAAUCUGGAGGAUCACCAGCUGUGUCACCUGGGCGAAAAACCACACGAAUGUGCAGAAUGCGGCAAAUGCUUUGUCCAGGCGUCCCAGCUGCAGCAGCAUCAGCGAAUGCACAAUUCUGAAUUCCAGUGUCCGAUGUGCGGCAGGGGCUUUGUCUCUCUCUUCGCACUGCGUAAACAUAAGCAUUCUCACGGCAAGAAUCGCCCAUACCGGUGCUCCAAGUGUCACCUCAGCUUCACGGGGCCCACACAGCUGUCAGAGCACAUGUCCACCCACCGCGAGGAGAACUUCCCGUGUGAUAUAUGCAACCGUGUGUUUCAGUCCAAGAGUAGCCGAGCUGAGCAUCGGAAAAGCCACCACAGCUCACGGCCUCCAUCUUCGUUGUCAAGGGGAAAACCUGAAAAGUUGGCUUCUGAAAGCUCAUAUGUAUUCACUACAGAGCUGAAAUAUCGCUGUGGCGUUUGUAAUGUGCGUUUCAGAGACCCGGAGGAGCUCUCAGAGCAUGGCUGCAUGGAAGCCAAAGAGCGACCAUACGCUUGCAACGACUGCAAUCAACAUUUUCUUCAUGCGUCUCACCUGAAAAAGCACAGGAACACCCACCAACCAUCAUGGUCGAAUAGUGAAUAUCCAUGUAAUCAGUGCAACAGCAGUUUCUCCUCCUCUCAGCGCUUCCUCAGCCAUCUUAGGAGCCAUGUUGGUCCUGCAGCAGGUGAUGGAGGAUCCUCACUCAGAUUCAUAUGUCCAGUUUGCCACCAGUGUUUUGCUACAGCCACUGAACUGAUUGUUCAUUUUCCCACGCAUCCUGAUGGUGCGUUUGAGCAUGAAAAAUUAGCGUCUCCGUCUGGAAGUGAGCCGAAAGAAAGGCAUCAUGUGGUAUCAUCUUCUGAAUAUGAAUGCAAUCAGUGUGGACAGAGGUUUUUGGGGGCCGAAGCUUACCGUCAGCACCACUGUUCCCGUCGGCAGCAGGCAGUAAUAGAGACCAAAUACUUAAACCCGUCAGCGAAUACAUCCCGUUCGUCUUAUUAUCCUGCAACAGGAGAGGAGGAGGAGGUUGAUGUUACGGGAGAGGACUCGUUCUAUUGCCCUGUUUGCUCAAUGCAGUUCUCCUCCAAAAGUAGCCUCCUGGAGCAUCAGAACACAGAGCAUUACAAUGCGAAGCCAUUCACAUGUGGGACUUGUGGGAAAACGUUUGCCAAGAAGCGGUACCUUUACAAGCAUGAGCGUAGGCACAGUCAAAAAGCCGCAAAUGCUGCUCAGCUGGCAGAGAAUAAGAUUAAAUGUCCCCAGUGCAUCCGUAGAUUCAGCACAGAACUAGAACUGUCUUUGCAUAUGAGACUGCACGCUGAGAAACAAGUGGGAGAGUACCGCUGUGACAUGUGCUACAAGUCAUUCAGCCAGUGGUCUUUUCUUAAACAGCACCAAGAAAGUCAUGUCGGUGAGGUUGUGUAUGAAUGCACAGAAUGUGACAAAGCCUUUGCUUUUCCUCACCUACUGGAGGAACAUCAACAGACUCAUGCUGGGUCUUCACAGUAAUGGUUCUUACAUACCUUAUCUUCCCUUUGGAUAGCUGUACCUAAAGUAUCUUGAAACCCCUUUCAUGCCUUACAUCUGACUGUGUACCUCCACUUGUAAUUAAAAUUUAAAUCAACUUUGUAUUUUUUUGCCCUUGUUCCAUAGUUAGAAAGCGCUUUGCUUGCAUCACUAUGAUAGAGCACCUUUUGAGUUUUUAUUGACUGUAUAUAAUUUUAGUUCUAAUAAUGGGAUUUGUAUACAAGAAAUUAGCCAUGUAGUUUCAUGACAGUGUUUGUAAAUCUGUGACUAAAGCAGUUUAAUGCUCUGUUUGAAUACAGAUGAAGCAUGGCGGGAUGUUUGACAUAUAUUUUGAGAUAGGUUUAGUCAGUUUUGUUGACGGUAUGUAAAGUACACUGGUCAUUUUAUUCAUUGCUAUUUUCUAUGAUAUGACUUAUGUACUAUAUAUAAUUUUGUAAUUUUCAUUUUAUGAUCUUCCUGUGUUUGCCAGCGGUUACAUUUUUUUUUUUUUUUUUGGAUAAAGAAAAGUAUCUUGUACAGACGAUGUUACUUUUCUUAAUAAAUGUGAGUUGAUGCAUUCAAAUGAGGAGUAAAGUCAACUAGAAAAUCUA